GUGGAAAUUAUUCCUCGAAGGUUCGAUGUUUGAAGACCAUUUCGAGGAAUUGGAAAAGAUAUGUCAAGAGGCAUAUGGCGGACACUCAGAACUCUUUGAUAAUGAGUUCCUUCGACCAAUGUGUCUGUUGUUACAGGAGCUAAGAACAGCAGCAGAGGUAUGUUGAUACAGGACAAAUAUUCUUGGAGAAAGGUUGUUUGCAUGCAUGCAAGACAUGUUCUUCAAAAUUAAUGCUAAUCCAAAAAUUUUAAAUCAUAUUUUGAUUAGUAAAAAACAGAUUUAAGUGCCGUAUCUUGCAAUAUUAAUUGACUUCCAAUGUAGCUUACAUGACCUUGAUAAGAGUUUUGUAUUCAAACUUUCACACUCAAUUCACCAAAGCCUCAUUAAUUUUCAGAAAUUUUUCACAACUCUUGGCAAAGAGGAGGAAGUAUGGCUACCUUGUUACGAAAGAUUUGUCACAUCUGUCAUUCACUUAUCUCGUUUGGAUAUCCAACUGCACAAAGGAGAUUUCUACAUCCAUCUUAACUUUGGAUCUCCAGGGGAGAUUAUCAUUAAAUAUUACAAUUCGGGUGAAGUUUCAUCAUUGCCUUUGGCAAAGAGUGAAUAUGAGAACAUUUGGGCUCACAAUUGGACUGAACGCAUGUCACAACAAAUGAAACAGCGAUUUCUAUUUAUGAACUGUGUCGUUACAGGGCAUGCCGGUCGAGGUCUUGAGAGAAGGCCUUGGAGGUACCUAAUGUCUUUUGAUACAGGGCAUAGACGCCAUGGCAGUAAAGACUUUAGUGAAGGGUUGAGUCCGAGAACAAGCAGCGCCAGUGCAUUUAGUUUGUUUUUGGAUCUUGGAGCUAAACCAAUGAGCGCUCUUGAUGUGAAUUUUGAGGUUUUGCACAGUAGGGUUAUGUGUAUGCCAGGUGAGUAGGGACUGGUAAUGGUAUGGUGCAUUAGUAGCAGUGUUCCGGAUGUUGGUUAAUAUUAGAGCACCACCAGUACUCUGCCAUUGACAAGUAAAAUUGUCUGGCAUUAGACCAUAGAUAUCUUAUAUAAACUACCAGGUGAUCUUGAUACGCGGAAAAGUACUGGCACUAGUUGUCAAAUAGAAAUCCAUUUUAUGAUUAAAACAACUGAAUAUCUCCUGUAAUAUACUUUAUUUCGAUUCCAUAUUUUUGUCAGAGCUAUAGUUCUCAUAACCAAACAUAAUUACAAUAUUUCAACUAGUUUCAUAAAGAAUAAUGAAAGAUAUAAUUGACUGAAUACAUCAAAAUGGAUUUCUAUUCGGACAACCCUUUCUGAGCGCUGAUUGGCUAAAAUACGAACACGAGAUCACCUGGCCCCUAGAUAGCGCAUCUCUUUUAGUAAAAUUGAAGCCAAGAAUAUUCCAGCGGUUACCCCAUUUGAAUAGAUGGCGGCCAUGUUGGAGUUUCCCACUCGCUAAUAAACGCUUAAAAAACAACAAUAACUUUCAUCAUUUGAAUCGUUUGAAAAUGUAUUUGGAAUAGGUUUAACUUAAUGUUUAAGUUCCCUGUUUAAGAAAUAGAAAACAUACGAGUCUUCUCAUUUCAUGGGAAUAUCCUGAGUCUGCAAUCACGGCUUCAAUUUUUGAAUUGCAGAAUAAUUAGAUGCACUAUCUAGUGUAUAUAAGAUACAGUAUCUAUGCAUUAGACAGAGUGAAACAAUAAAGACUACAACUUAAUAGGUUAUCUGGACACAUGGUUUGACAGCCAACUGGGUGCCAGCGUUCUCCCUUGAUGAGUAAAAUUGUUUGGCAUUAGACAGAGUAAAGCCUGCCGCACACGAGAGCUAUCUGCUCAGCAAAAAGUUACUCGUGCCUGUUAGCUCAGCCGAUAGCUCACCGUGUGCGGGUACAUUUUACUGAGUUUUUUGCCUCAUGCAACCUUUUCUCACGUAUCAAACAUGUUUGAUCGGUGAGCUAUCAGCUGAGCUAACAGGCACGAGUAACUUUUGGCUCAGCAGAUAGCUCUCGUGUGCGGCAAGCUUCAGACAGUAAAAUAGGACAUACAACUUCAUUGGUUACUAUAGAAUACGUAGUUCUUAUCAGAGUUUAGUGCUUUUCACUAGUUGACUACAAAUAUGUCAUGUUCAAGAUUCGUCGUUUGAGUCAUUCCUUAUCUUGGUCUCACAUUUGACUGAGCCGAAAUUAUUACCAGACAACUCAGACCUCUCAACUUUGUAGAGAAGUUAAGAGUGAGAUUGGGGAUGUGGAUGACACCUUUGUAAAAGUCCGGGGGUCUGAAAUGGCAUUUCGUACAUUAUGAGAGUUGGUGUUUUUUAAUGAAAUACGUCAUUGCUUCAUAACGUCCUUUAAGACAAGGCACUUUAGUUAUAAUAACUGUAUUUCUGUGACAUACAAUAAUGAGCUUUAAUUUGCCUUUGAUAAUUUACAUAUAGACUUCUGCUCCGACUGAUGCUUCCUUUUGUCCGCCGUAUUUACAUAUGCGUACUAUUUUGUAUCCAAGUUGCGGGCAAAAGCCAAAAUGUCGGGCCGUAUAUGCAGGAACAAUAACACGCGAUUAUAUAUUCGAUUCGCGAUCCGUAUAAUGAUUAAUAAUGUGAUUUAAGAAAGAAUAUUAUAUUUAUUUAUUGAAAAAAUACUAUGAAACUGCCAAAUGCGUGAGAUUUACAAAACGUGGCGUGAGAGCGUGAGAGUGAAGCGAAUUGCGUGAGACUCACGCCAAAUGCGUGAGAGUUGAGAGGUCUGCAACUACACACGUAAAAUUGCGGAAGUUGUCACAGAUCUGCGAACAAGUUGUAACAAAGUUGUUGUCAAGCCAAUAUGAGGACUGCUUGUUCUCAGUUGUUGUGACAAGUCUGGAAAAAGUUGUUGUCACCUUGUUACAAGGUCAGUAACGGUAACAGACUUGCUACAUGUUGUCCCAACAAGACUAAUACAGGCUUUUCGUAACAAGUUUGCUACGAGCUAAGUAGCUUGUUGUCAUCUUGUUACGUGCAGAUGAUAUCAGACUUGUUGGAACAAUUUGUUGCGAGUCUGUUGACCUCAUCAUCUUUGUAACAAGAUGAUAACAACUUGUUCCAGACUUGUCAUUUGCUGGGUUACAAGAUUUCCAAAAGGCACAACAAUAUUGACAUGGUCUUCUUUCUCUCUGAUAUUCAAUGAUGUUAUAGGUACGAGAGACACAAGGGGUGCUCCAGUGAUAUUUGUGGAUGGUAGCAAACCUGAAUGGCAGUUACCUGACUUUAAUAGUGAAGAAAUUGCUCGAGUCUGUUUAUAUUUUUAUCAAAUACCCAGGUGUGUGUCCAUGAAAGGUUUCCAAUAUUGAUCCAAUGGACCUAUUCCCUAAUGAACAAAUUUUUUAUCUAGACAAGUCUAGACAAAAAUUUCAUCACAGCUUGAAAGAGCAUCACAAAUUAGUAAUAUUCCGAAGUUUCGUUGCGAAAUGUUGUAAAAUGCGGAUAAUACAGCCCUGCGUAGUUUGCCGUUUUUCAGUCAUUUUGUAUUACGCACGGGAAAUUGAUACCCUUUUCAGAAAACGGAAGUGUUUUGCAAGUGCAAACUCUAAGCAACGCAAAAAUUUCACUUUGAUCUAUCAUUUAACCUUUCCCAAGGGGAGGUGUAUGACGUUUCAGGGGAGGUACAAAAAAUCUCGAGGGAGGUGCAAAAAAAAUCCGGCCAUGCUUUGUAGCUCAGUUGGUUAGAGCACUGCACCGGCAUUUGCAGGGCCACACCCUUCUGGAAAGGACGUCAUUUGACUAUAGAGCCUUGUUUCGUGUAUGUGAGAUUAGUUACAUCCAAGCCUCAAUCGUGAAAACGAGGCUCUACAGCCAAAUGACUUACUUUCCGGAAGGGUCUAUUGCGUAUCACAGGAAUCGCACCCCAAGCAACUGAAGUGAAUGCAUGUCAUAUUCCACCAAAGCCCAUCUGGAAAGGUUUUUGCUCGAAACUUUCAUAGCUAUAACCAUCAUUUUUAAAGUUAACUUCUUGUAAAAUGAAACAUUUUUCACAACAUUUGAACUUAUUUUUAGGGAGGAAAUAUCUAAGCUUGGUCUAUCAGUGUUGAUUGAUACUCGGAAUGCGGACGAUAAGAAAAGGACGUUGCAAGUCAUUGGUGAAGCUCUGAUAUAUUUUGAGGUUAGUAUUUCGGAAAACAAUAUUUGGUUAGUUCUUAGCGGAAAGUUUGUCUGAUUGCCGCGUUGUACACAAUUGUCAGAUUAACUAUAUUGCACAAGUUCCCGGACGGGUAUACAGUAAUUUAGGCCAAUCACUAUUGGCGUAGCGUUUCAAGGAAAUGGAGUAACAUUCCGGCAUUUUGACGGCGGCGCUUGUUUGAGGGCGGCCGUCAAAAUAUUUUAUUUGUUAGCGAUAACAAGAAAUACUAGCAGCAAAAUAUAAUAUAAAAACAUUAAAAUGCAGGAGAAAAGGAUUUCCGAGGUUUGUUAAAGAUUGCAACCUCGUACCCAGGCCGUUUUCCGUCCGGGGGCGGCGCUUAAACGAGUAAAUACGAUCGGUCUAUUAAAGAAAAUGAAUGAAAUCAGCCUAGUACCAGUCGUUCUGAAGCAAGCGCGAGAAAACGUGGAUGUAGUACGAGACUGGGACCUAGGUGUGACGUCACCGCUGAAGCGUUCCGCACAGCACACCCAGGCAUAAAACUUUUAAGACUCAUUUAAAUAUAUCAAAGCAGCGAAUAGAGAGAGAGCCUGGGACUAGGCUGGAAUGAAAUGCUUGAGUGAAGUCUCAAACAAACAACAUGAAUAAUUUACACACGAUGGCGCCUUUGUGUCAAGAAAAUAAUAUGGAUAAUGUGUCAAUAUUUGUUUUCGGCGAUGUUGCGACCGGCGGCACCUGCUUUAUUAGCAAAUACCGGUACCUGUUCGUCUCGUUAUGUUGGGAUUUCACUACAUCCCGGGCGUUCUUUGUCAGUGGCUAUAGUUGAAUUUUUAUAAAAUAAACUGAUCCCAACCCCCGAACUAAAUGUCUAAUAAACAAUUUGAGAAUUUAAGAAAAGUCGGGAAAAAACUUUGAAAAGUCUGCUAAACCGAUCCUCGUUUCAAAAAUAAACCGAGCCGGAACUCGUUUCACUUCGCACGCAACGCCUUUAACCAAGGUGCUGCUUUAACGAAUACGCCACAGGCAAGCUCGCUCGGAAUACAAUCGCAAAAAAAAACAUUGUAUACUUUAAUAUAGUGCUAAAUAGGAAAUAUAUAGUUUACUACACCGGGCACUGGCAAAGAACGCCGGGAUGUAUAGUAAAAUCCGUUAUUGUAGGGAGUGUUGGUAAUGCGUGUCGUUUUCUCCUCUGUGACCAAGGUUUGAUUCCAGUUGUCUGAUCAUAAUUUUGCCUCAUGCAGUAGAGUGCUUUUCCAGUCCGAGUGACCACACCAAACACCACAUGAGUGACUGUCCGUCUGGUGGUAAAUAAAUGCAAUGGAAACCACAGAAUAAUAGUGGAAACUUACACUACGUUCACACUUAAGUCUGAUUUCCACUGUUGCGUUUUUCAUACGCACGUACACGCACGUAAAACUUUGAAUCCUUCUAUUUUUAAAUAUUUUACAAAUUAGUUAACAAAUGCACAUACUAAAACUUGCGGAACACUAAAUUAUGUUGCCUUAUUUAUUUGGUUAUUUCAUAGGUAACAUUUAAACGGAUUUAAAGUUUGACGUGCGUAUACGUACGUAUGAAAAACGCAACAAUGGAAAUCAGCCUUUACGCCGGAGCCAUUUGAAAACGGCGCGGAAAAGUCACAAUUAUUAACCGUUGCGUGAUCACGAUCAUUACGAGAUGAAAACGGAGCGCUUGGCGCCUUCGUGCGAACAGCGGCACCUUUUUUUAUCUUGCACCAUUUUAGCAGUUCUUAGUAUUUUUUUACUUGAGAAUUUUUUUUUUUUUUAAAUUUUUUUUUUUUACAAUUUGAGCUCAUUUUGUGAAACCGCAUCGAAACUCUGUAGGCUCUUUCCACUCAUUGCAAAAAUCAACUCCCAAAUAUGGUUAAAGUGAACAUUCGGUGAAAGCUCUCGUAGCAAGCUUGCGAGUUGACUCGUUCGAUGAAUAGAAAAGACUACAAAAGAGGCUUAUAGUGAGAACCAGCGUGGCGCCAUUUAAUAUUUCGCUCCGGCAAAAGAUGACAACCGUCUGUAUGACCAUAUAAAAUUUCUUAACCAAACCAUAUAAAAUUUCUUAACCAAAACCUGCCUACACCAAAACUAUACGCCUAAGUUGAAAAAACGAACCAUUUCCAAAAAUGUCAAACGUUAUAUAGCACUACGGUGGAAUGCGGACAAAAAUUAAAUCUGGAGGACCGGCACAUAAAUCUUGUGCCCACGAAAGUAAAAUGACGUCUUUAUAGGAAUUUAAGAGGAUUUUUAAAUUCCAAGAAACCGACCCACGCAAAAGAUUCUGUUAAUAGCACUUCAAGUAGAUUUGCACAUGUUUCCCGAGGGCAAACCGCGAUCUUCCGACGCUCACCGGGAACUCUCGAAAUUAGUUUCGAAACGAAUUUGCCAAGUUGAAGUAUCAGGAAAUGUUUCGUGAAAUCCUUUAAGUGCAGCGAUUAAAAGGGCCGUGGCUGUGUUGUUCUUAUUAUCUACAUCAUUAGCUUGAAAAUUUUCUUCUAUCUUGUCAUUUGAAGAAAAGAUUCAAGUUUUUGUCAUUCAAGUUCUUGUCAUUUGAAGAAAUAGAUUCAAGUGUUGCUAUAUUUCACACGCCGUACCUUUGCACCGUUCAUGUUAUUUACUGAAGUAGAAUUGAUAGAGCUAUCAACUACUGUCCUCAUUAACGGUUCUGUGGGGUCAGGACCGGCGCUAAAGGGGGGUGGGUAUAACACCCCCCCCCCCCCAGUCAUCAGGUAAUCGGCAAAAUAUUGAAUCACAGUCGGCAAAACAUGGAUAAUGAUGAUUUGGAUAGGAAGAAAAAAAUAAUUGAGUGACACCAAUGAAAAAUUAAGAAUGAUAGCUAAAAGGUGGAGAAAUUUACGAAAGAAUUUGGGGAAAAUGGAACGAAGAACGAUGGUUAAACACAAAAGUCAAAAUAAGUUGAUAGAAAUAUGUUGUCGGGAAAUCUUUUUAUGUUGAAUUUUUGUUGGUCGAAAACCGAUUACCUUAGCCCUAUAUGUUAACUUAAUAUUCAAAACAAAGUAAACUUCCUGACAACUUGUCUAUAAACUUGAAAAUGUUUCUUCAGAAAUCUUGUCUGGAUCGAUAGGUGUUUACUUCUCUGACUUGCAGAAAUACACAAACCAAAACAGCGAGUUAAAUUUUAACCGAAAGUUUUAAGAACCGGCUCCUUGAAAAUAAUAAGUACUAUAAAAAUAUAUUGAAAAUCAAAGCCAGUUUAUAUGUGUUUCGAAUUUUCAGUCCACGCGUCCAGUCCUAGUCUCCUUCGCCACAAAGAGCAGCUGCGAAGGAGACUAGUCCAGUCCUUGUUUAUGUACUAUUUUGGUAGAAACUUCGAUGUGUGUAAAAACCUUUUCUAUAACACCACCAAAACAUGAGAAUACGAGGCUUUUGUGGUUUUCAGGGAUCGUUGCUAAGCUAUAGGAUUAUGUACUAUUUAAAACACAAACAGGAGUGCUUUAUCAGAUAUAAAGCUCGAGACUAGCGCAGCUCGAGUGUUUUAUAUCUGAUAUAGCAUGGACUACAUGCGAGUGUUUUAAAUGGCUUACAAAGCUAAAGUUUAUGUAGAUGAACAUGUUUUUUUAUCACAUAUAAAACCACCAACACGUCAGUGAUUUCUUUUGUCUUUCCCUCAUACAGUAUAAAAAAAUAAGCUUAUUUUCCUAAGAGGUUCGGUAAACCGAGACUUCCUGUCUCGAAGGAAUUUACUUUAUACGAUCAUUAUCUCUGUGAGAAAAUCUGUUUGUUUUUCAAAGUGAACGCCUCGCCCUACAUUAUAUGUCGUACGAGAGCAAAGGUUUCUUUAAUCAGAGGAAAUUUUAACUUGUUUCAUGCGAAUUUUGGAUUAAAUGGACUGGAUGUUUGAAUCGAUGGUACAUAUGAUUUAUAUUCGUUGUUUAUUUUGAUCUCAUCAUGAAAUUGUGGUAAAAUUGUUUGGAUUAUUUAGCCGUUGGUGAGCUUAUAAUACUGAGGACACAAGACUAUCCAGUUAUACCGAUACGAACAAGCUACAAAAGCGCACUCUAUACUGGUAACGGUCCCGGGGACAAAUCAAGUCUAGUAUGUUCCUGAAACUCUGAAAGCUCGUUUUUACUGCAUUUUGACCAGGGCGCUUACAUAUAUAAGCGCCCUGAUUUUGACGGAUAAUCCGUCGUGUCAAAUUAGUAUGCGCGCACAGCAAGAAAGUUGAAGAAACUGCGCGAAGCAGCUGGUUAUGAAAUUAUAAAUCUCGAACCGCCUGUGCCAGCGUAUAGGUAGUGACGAUAAAGGCUGGUCCACAUCAGCAAUCUUGUCGGCGAUGUUGUAUUUCUGACGGAUGCAAAUGAGUGAACUCGCACACAAAAGUAUAGAGUCUCUUUUCAGAAGUAAACAAUUCUAAGUCUUUUGCAUGUCAUUCAUUCAAUCACAUUUGCCAGGAGGAUUUCAGAAAAAUCACCGACAGAAUUGCUAGUGUGAUUCAGGCUUCAACACUAAAGCUGAGAGGGAUUCAACUACUUGAACAAUACAAGGAAAAUUUUGUACAAGCAUUUGUAUUUUUUACGUAGUUGAUCCGCUGUCAGUCCGCAGAUUUCUGGUCUUAUAAAGUUCAUGUAUAGAAGAAAUUAAUGUGGCCAGUUUAAUCGGGCAACUGAGAUGGUAUAGUUUGUCUGAUAAUUGGUGUGCUACAUAAAUGCGGUAAACAGAUAGCUACUCCGUCAACACAAUUAAACUAUCAGUUUGCAGUACUACAGGGAGUACAGACGAGCUCUACUGAGUCUAGUCCUAACACUAUCAUGUAUUCUAUUGAAGUUAAAACAUACUUAAUUGGAACACUCAUCAAAUCUUUAUUUUGUUAAUUCAGAGCUUGAAAUACCCUGGAUUAAGCUUGAAAUGUCCCCCGUAUUAAAUGCGUGACUGCUAACUCUCACGCAUCAACUCUCAUGCACGUUUGACCGGGGCUCCGGAGUCACUCAUUGUUACCGGGAUAUUUAAGCUCUUGCUUAACAAAAUAAAGGUUUAAUGAGUGUUCCAACAACGUUUUGACUUCAAUACAAUACACGAUAGUGUUGGGAAAUCGUUAGCAACAGCUGACCAAGGUCGCGUGGCUGCCAACUCUCAUGCGUUCUCAUUCCCGUUCGAUCCGGGCUUUCUAGGCAAAUGUUCGAGUGGUUCUUUGACUGGAUCAACCGAUGAUGGCCCUUUUAAUGGACGUCUAGGAAGAAUAGUUUCGAACUGAUAGAGCUAGAGCUCUCUAGUAUGUAACUGUAGUAGUUUAAGUUUUAAUACAUUUGUUUUUAUUAGGAGAUGCGUCCUGGCGGCAUUCAUAUUGCCUAUAUUCUUGGAAGGAAGGAUUCGUAUUUGUUGAUGUUUAGUGCGAAUAAAUUGAAGGAACAAUUAAAAUUUCAAGUAUGUAUAAUUUAUGUUGCGCGCGCGACAUGGGAGUAUAUGCAAUCAGUCUGGAUGACGUUGAAUUACCCCGCCCCAUUUCUUAACCAUCGAGUGCCAGAUUCUCCCCUUAACGAGUAAAAUCGUCUGGCGUUGGACAGGGUGCAUUGCCACUUGAAUGGUAGGCUUGAAGGGUAGGGAAACAGGAUGAAUGGACAGAUAGUCUGAUUAACUCAUCGAGGACCAGCACCUCUCCCAAUGGCAUUAGACAGAGUAAAAUAAUAAACUGGGACGCAUUCAUUGCCACUUGCAUACAGGAACUAUCUAACCAUGUGGCCGGAGAAAAUCGACUAGCUCAGUACGUAAAGUCGCAUUGUAUAAUUGACAAUUAUUAUAUAAAGUAUAGUGCUUUAUAGAGAUUCCGAGCACUGAUAAAAGUGAUAAUCUCACAUGUGAGAUUAUUCAUGAUAAUCUCACAUGUGAAAAUUAUCGCUUUUCUGUAAAAAUUAUCGCUUUUCAAAGACUGUCCUUUAUAUAAUAAACAGAAAAAUACACGGGUGCUUGGAAAUACCAGAUUUAUUUCUCGUGUUGAACAUGAUAUCUCACUCGUUCGCUGCGCUCACUUGUGAGAUAUCAUGUUCAACACUCGAAAUAAAUGUGGUAUUUCCGCGCACCCAUGUAUUAUUCUCUAUUUAUGUUUCCCAUUUCUUAAAACAUACGUACAAUUGUACUCCAGUUUAAACUCCUCUCGUCUUUGGAUGAUUUGGUCACUUCAAUUAACCUGGAUCAAAUUCCUACUACGUUUGGAGGAAGUUUCAACUAUGAUCAUGACGCUUGGCUACAAUUUAGAUUGGUAAGAUGAACGCUAGAACGUUACUACAUUCAUUCAUAUACCGAAAUUUCCACCGGGGUAAAAACUAAGAAGCUAUCGUCAUGGGUGGCUAUCAAGGAGGCAGAGAGGGAAGGUGAUGGUCCCUCCUGGACUAUUAAUGAUAUUGCAUGCUAGCCCUUUCCACGAUCCUUUAUUAUCAUUAUAUAAUAAAGUCUAUGUUACACCAUAGCCUAUCGAAGGGAAGAUGGCUGUGAAACUCAUUAGAAUAACAAUAUAACUCAUUAUCUAUGUUGGUCAACUUUUAUUCAUAAUCUGGUCCUUUCACCGUUUCGUGUGUAUUGUAUUUUUACCAAAUCCACCAAUAGCAAUUUCCAGUUUCCCUAUUGUUCGAGUCACGGAUAGGUGACUUUCCUAAAACAUUGCUAUUAAAGGUCUUUGAAAAGUCUUUGACAAUAGGCAGAAAAAAUAUUUGAAAGUCUUUGAAUUUUUUUGGUCUUGUAUACUACGAACCCUGUUUAAUGAAUUCUUUCUAUCAAAAUAGACUUGAAUAUCAUUGCCAUUACUGUGUCCUUUAAGGAUGUAAUAAACCGUGGGCCAUCCUCAGAAUAUUCCGGAGACUUCUUUUUCAAUAACAUGGCUGCAUGCCAGGACAGGACAAUGGUCUGGGUCAGAAAUUUCAGGGUGGUCGUAAAUAGGUCAAGUGGGUAAUAGUGUCAAUAUAUCUCUGUAAUCAGUAGACAAAUGAUCCAGACUAUUUCACAUCAAUCAUCGUAACUUGCUCCGAAGCUGCGAUUAAGUGGGAACCAGGCUUUAUAUUCUUACGCUUUCGUUUAUUAUGUAUACAGCUCACAAUAAAUUGAUUUUUAAAUUUGCAAACUGGGAGCAUAUUUUUCAAGCUUGCCCGGUGUGGAUAUACACUCAGAGUAACAUCACAAGCAUCAUAUUCACCUGAGUACAUUACACCAACACAGAAAAAAUCAUGAUUACUAGAUUACAUUGAUAUCGAAGGAACUAGAUUCUGUUCCGAAAUAUCGCAUACUCGAACCGACCUGACCGCGUUGCUCAGUUUGAAGAGCAUUGGGCUAGUAUUCCAAAGGUCGUAGGUUCGAUUCCCACCGUGGUCAGGCAUAUUUUUCAAGCUUGCCCGGUGUGGAUAUACACUCAGAGUAACAUCACAAGCAUCAUAUUCACCUGAGUACAUUAUACCAACACAGAAAAAAAAAGAACUGGGAGCAGUUGUGAAACUUUACUACUAAUAUUAUUUUUGUGCUUAGAAACAAGAGCCGUUCAUGGCAGGUUGCCGCAGCGCGACAAAGCUCGCUAUAGCUGCAGUCGAACAACUCGGAAUUGGAAAAGGUGGAGAAACUGUGGAAGAAUGCCAACAACUUUUGGAAGACCACGAACGCAAGGUUACUGCCGUAUUUUCAGAUAGCCGCCUUUCGGCCCUGCAGUUGGAAGGUGAACAGCUGGUGGCGAACAUGAAACAGACAGAUGCCACAGAUAAGACCUCGGAUUGGAAGGACACCAUGGAGAUCGUUUCAAAGCUGUAUUUUAAAAUGAACCAAGUGUUUUCGAAAUUGGAUGUACUUUGUCGGAAAAGAAAACGAGAAUUGGAGGAUUGUCUGCAGUUGAAAUGUUUCCAAGAGGAACAUGCAAGGGUAAGAGAUUUUUUUCUUUACAGCAUUUGUAAGUGACGAUCCGAUUAAUGCAGAGCUUAUCAUAAUCGCCGCUAAUCGGCAGAUUUAAUUAAGGUAUAUCAUUUUUCGCAGCUGUCCUGGAUUCUCGCCUUGGUGUGAGCAGUGUAAAAAAUCUCACGAUUUGGUUUGCCUUUAUAAAAAAGUUCGCUCUCUCGUUGAUCACUCGCCUCGCAUGCUUGUGAGUCAUGUGACUCGUCAUAAAAGUGUCAAUGAUCGUUCUAACUUCGGAAUGUUCCGACUAUGUCAGCCCAGUUCGCUACAUAGCCUCGAUAGCUCAACUAUAGGUCAAUGGGAAGAAUUACGUGAAGAGAAAAUUUUCACUCAUGAUUUUAUGCACUGCCGACGUCAACUGUAAAAGUUGAAUCGAGUGGAAUUUGAUCAACUUCCACCUUCGGGACUCAGGUCCGCCUGUGAACAGGGGCGUAACACAAGUGUUCAUAUUUGGGGGGGGGGGGGGGGGGUAAGCCUUACUUUUGCCAAGCUUCAACACUUUGUGUACCAAUUUCUAUAUAUUUAGGUUGUGGAGUGGAUCAAUGAUGUUGGAAUGACUUAUCUUGAAAAGCCAGUUGAGUUAGCAGAAUCGUACGGCCAGGCAAUCAGCCAGAACAAAAGUUUGGAAAAAUUUAUCACCCCUGCUAAGGUAUGUAAUCUGCAAUAUUGUUCUGUGUGAAGUAAACGCAGACCUGGAAAAAAGUGGGAUCUCGGGAUCCUGAGGAACUUGCCUUAGCACGAAAAUUGAGGAACGUUUACCUAACAAACAUUCACUAUUUACAGGGAUACAUCCUGCAAGCUCAAGACUUGCUUGAGGACGGCAGCAGUAUCGCUCAGUCAGGGUCUGCUGACAGUAUUAGUGUCAAAGAAAUGUGUAAAGUUUUAAAAUCAAAAUUAGAUAGUUUCACAACGAAACUUGAAGAAAGAAGAGUGACUCUUGUCACGUGCAUGGAAUUUCAUCAAAUGGUCAGACAGGUACUGUAAUAAUAAUAAUUAUUUUUAUCCAGGAUACCCAGUGGGAUCCUUACCGACCAGAUUUAAUAGGUGUCCCUUUUCUAUAAUAUUCUAUUUUCAAACUUUUUGUGGUUUGACUAUUUUCCAGUACUGUGGCCAAAUUUGGACAUAGAUUGAGUAUGGAGUGUCACGGCGUGAGCAUGACGUGUACAUAUGUAGGAAAAUUUGAGGACACGAAGUCCUAUUAAGUUACACAUCUGGUAUAUACUUAAUCUGUGAUUUGGAAGCACAGUCAAAUAUUGAUUUUAUUGUAGUGUUCAAACUGGAGUAUUCACGCGCUAAAACACAUGGCCCUGAUGAACAUGGAAGCUUCAAACACCGCACACGGUGUGGCCUCUCUCAAGGACAAUAUGGAAGGUUUUCUACAGGAAUUCCCAAUGUGGCCAGAAGACAGACUGAACAAGUUACAUGAACUGUCUGGUAAACUGCCGAACGAAGAACUGCAGAACCAGGCGGAGAAAUGUAGUUCCGAAUAUAAAGAAGUCGAAGAUAUGUUUGUAAGGCGGCAAGAGACAUUGCAAAGAGCUGCAGUUAGAGUUCAGGUGAGAGGGAUGUUACGUGUUUGCAUAGCAGGAAUUAAUGGGGGAUCCUGCCAUCUAGGAUACCAGAAAAUUUUCAGACCCGACUUAACUGGCAAAAAUUUGAGGGCAUUACGUAAUGCUAACAUGCACAGAAAAUAAAUUGUUAAGAAGAAUAUUAAUGAACUUCGGCAGAAACAAAAAUAUUAUUUACUGUUUGAAAUAGAGAGAAGUUAAAUAAAAUGCUACUUAUCUCGGAACCAGGUAAACAACGUCACAAUUAGUUUUUUCUUAAACGAUGCUCCUGAAAUUUUUCUGCAACAAAAUGUAAAGGAUUUAGAACUAUGCAGAAAACUAGUUUCUGGAAAUUCUUCUUAGACCUUUUGAAAGUUCAUGUCUUCGUGCGGUUCCCACACUUAGCUUCUAAUUUCGCUUCAAUAAACCUUGCGUUCCAGUUUGCGUGGAGUUCGCUUCCUUUAUACUAAACCAAACCAUUUUUCUUUUAGAUACCAGGCACGACGAUAACAAAUGGUGUAAGCGAAGGUAGCUCGUCAACCUCCACAUCCAAUUCAACAUCAGGAGUACACGAAGAUGAAGGGGAGCUCGACAGUGACGAUGACGAGAAAUUAGAUUUACCUGAAGAUUUAUCACCGACUAAGAAAGUCGCCAGAUCUGAUAGCAAUGAAGAACAACAGCAUUUGUUUUAUAAUCUUAAAGAUGUAAGUAGGCACCGAUUUAUACCAGCUAGAACGUCAUGAUCUGGACGAAUUUAACACAAUAACAGAAAGGUGGUUCGUCGCUAUGCAUUGGUCGUCUUGGCAAAUGAUCUGUCUUUGUGUAGUAUAUAUGGCACCCCAGGCGGGAAAACUAUCGAGCUUGGUUUGUUGCCAGAACCAUUACCUGCAUAGAUUGCCAACCAGUCUAAUGUACCCGCCAUUUUCGUUUCCAACUUUUUCAUUUUGUUUCUAGACGACUGGCGAACUAGAUGAACAGAGCUAUCAAGAACUUUCGCCAAAAACUAAAGAGUAAGACACCUCUAAAGUAUAUAUUUAGUUUUCUAGAUAUUCAAUCAGUGGAAUUCUAAAAAUUAGCUGUCAAACAAAAAAAUGCCUGUCAAUUUUUUUUUCCGCAAAAAUGUAGAUCCCAAAACAAUUUUUCCACCUCUGAGCUUUAUGUUGUUUAAUGCGUGUCUUUGCAGGAAAUUGAAAUAUAUAGUUGGGGAAAUGGUUGAUACAGAACGAGAUUAUGUUAAAGCAUUGGAAUAUAUUAUUCAGGUAACUAAAUGCAUGUACAAAUUACAAAUUUAUAGGCGAGGAUAGCUCAGUCAAUGUAGCAUUGAUCUGGAGAUCGAGAGGUCCCAGGUUCAAUUAAUUUCCUCGCCGUGCCAACUCAGCGUAGCAUGGUUUCAGGUAAAACUGGACAGUGUGAUAAGUUACUGGAAGCUGACGGCAGGCGUAGCGCUCCGCCUCAGCGAAACAUAUCCAAAGUGCAAAGAGGAUAGACUCCCAGCGAGUACGGCCGAUACCUACAACUUUUGACCGACUUACUUCCUAAAAUGUGCAAAUAUAUUUUCGUGUAUUUAGAAUUACGUGAAACAAAUGGAUAGUGAUGAUUUACCCGCGUCUCUGAGAGGAAGAAAGAACUUAGUGUUUGGUAACAUUGAAAGGUUAUACGACUUUCAUCAACGGUAAGAUUGCGCCAUAAUCAACACAUCUCGGCAAAACAGGCCAGGCUUCGUAUCAAUAUUAUAUAUAGCAUUCACUAAUUUUGAUAUAUUUUUGCAUAGGCAUUUUUCACAAGAGUUAGAACGAUGCGUCGAAAGUCCUUUUCAAAUCGGCGAUGCUUUUUUAAAAUGGGUGAGUAGAAUGACAAGAAUUACAUUAUCAAUUCCUUGAUUUUAACCAACGACUUUGAAAACGAGGCUAUAGACCAAAUGUACUAACGUCACGAGUGUCCUCCAGAUGCUCCCUAACAAUAUUUGUUCGGGUACAACAACAGCGCAAAAAUAACCAUUUUAAUACAAAAUUAUUAUAAACUUUUACAAAAUUUGUUUUGUUUACAAGAGUUAUAUUAUGCAUAGAUUGCUAAUUUGUCCUCCAGGAGGCUCCAGUUACAUCAUCACCGGCGCUGUGACGUCAUGUGCAAUGGGUCUAUAUCUGUAAUUCUUAUUUUAUAGGAGCGACAGUUUUUCUUGUAUGCGCUGUAUAACAAGAAUAAACCAAUAUCUGACGAACUGCUACGUGACCAUGGCAGUGUUUACUUUAGGGUAAGGAUUUUUGCUAGUAAGAAAUCAAUCUACAUUUCCUUGGUAGUAAAACAUUGCUAAGUGUAUCGCACGACAUUCUUAAUGUGUUCUCUUUUGUUUUAUCAGAAAAGACAAGAGGAGCUUCAAGACAAGUUAGAUCUUUGUAGCUACCUCAUAAAACCUGUCCAACGUAUUGGGAAGUAUGCUUUGCUUUUGAGGGUAAGAAAUAUAAAUAUUUUGAAAUACUGUAUUCCGAAUACAUUAUAAUGGCAAUCUCCAGCCUAGACCUAGGCCCUUUACUCGGCUGGCUUUGGCAGAUUUGGCAACAUAUACUUACCAAAUGCUAGCCCAAAAUUGACCAAAGCUGUCAAACUCAGCUGAGUGCGCAAUCUCUAUUACAAUGGUAAAUUAUGGUAUCUCUAUUAAUAUGUUGUUUUACUUUAGGAUAUGAUAAAAGUUAUCGAGCUUGAUUCGCCAUGUGUUACGCAUCUACAGGUAAGAUGUUUAUAUUUUACUAUUUGAAUAGACAAAUUUAUACAUAGCUUGCAUAUCAUUGGAUGCAAAUUGACCAUAAAUUUCAGUUCACGUGUCAUAAAGCUAAAUUUGUCUAUUAUUGAAAGAUAAGACCAGCAUAGUCUCCUAACCUUCUCAUGUGACGUCAUCGCUCGAGCUGAUAUGCAAAAUGAACGGCGAACCUCUAUUUUUUAAUCGACCAUUUUGUGAAUUUAGCACGCGCAGGAAAUGGUGAAAUCUCAACUACGGCAUGGAAAUGAUCUCUUGGCCAUGGACUCUUUGCGUGAAUGUGAUGUAUGUAUUUACUGUUUAUUAUACACAUUUGCAUUAGCCCGUUGUAAUAAAGUAACUCAAGUUCAUUACAGUUGAUUUUAGAAGUCGAAUUUAUGAAACGGUAUUUAUUGAACUCUUAUUUCAGGUGAAUGUUAAAGAACACGGAAGAUUAUUACGUCAGGUAAGCUAUGGAAUAAAUUGCGCUACACUUAGUUGAAAAAUAUUUCUGAGUAAAGCUUGACAACAACUUUUACUCAUCAUAUACCAAGCAUACAAACCUACUAGUACUAGACUAUUAACUAAACGUUUACAUUAACGUCACGUCAGAGUUGCUUGUAGAAUACUAGAUGAAAGAAAAUAUGCUGCAUAGAGUGUAGACUGUCUGAAAGAUAAGAGUACUGUACGUACAAAUACAGAAAUACUUGAAAGAUUGAAGCUAAAGAACUUCAUUUUUCGUAUCCAGGAUGAUUUUAUUGUCUGGCAAAGCAAGAAGAAACAUUGUCGAAGAGUGUUUUUGUUUGAAGACAUGGUUUUGUUUAGUAAGACAAGAAAGCAAGCAAGUGGCGCAGAUAUAUUUAUUUAUAAAAGUUCUUUAAAGGUACAGUUUUUUCAGAGGUGUUAGAUAUUCAAGUCUUAGUACUUAUUACCGACCAUCAUACUGCAUGAAAAAGAUGAAAAACACUUCGAUGUUCCGAGCGCAGGUUUUGUCACAAGGUUGGUAGUCGCUUACUCACUUCCUGGCCACGCUCGCAACGUAGAUGUUCACACCAGCUAUUGCGCAAUAGUACAUACGCUGGACGCCAUGUUUGUGUUUAUUUUUUAGACUGCUGACAUCGGCCUGACAGAAUCCGUUGGUGAAAGUGGUUUAAGAUUUGAACUCUGGUUUCGAAGACGACGGAACGUGAAAGAUACAGUUAUACUGCAGGUAUAGAAUGCACUUCUGCCUAAUGUACGAUAAAAUAUAACUUUCAGCUUGUAUUUUACUGUAUUUGGUUAUUCUUGAUCAAUGUUGGACAAUGAAAUGUAGCUACACAUUUCAUUCCUCGUCCUUCGCGCUUGGGGAAGAGUUUGAAAUAUUUAGUCACGGAUAACCUGGGAUUACCAUAGCAUUAUUUUACAAGCCAUAUUCUUUGUUUUAGACAAUUAAAAGAUUGUAAAUUCAUAUCUUGUUACCUGACCUCAUAUGAGGUUGUUCAACAUUCGUUCAAACUUCGAAAGGAAUAUUUUCCCAUUUACAUCUUCUUUUCUUUGUCAGGCUAAAAACAUGGAAACAAAAACGUCAUGGGUGAUUGAAAUCACCAGACUCCUGUGGAGGCAAGCAGUCAGAAAUAGAGGUAAUAGUUUGUUCAUACAAUCCAGCUCUGUCAAUUUUAUCUGAUCUACUUUCCCUACAGCUGCAGGUCAAGUGUUAGUGUGUUCCAGUAGUAAUGUAUAUUUAUUUAUUUAUUUAUUAACUUUACAACCAAACAUAAAAUAGAUUAAACCACUACAUAAUAUGGUUGAAGGUAUGGUCAACAGGACAUGAAUAGCCCCAUGUGAAGACCAACCUUAAUGAAAACAAACUAUAAGAAACAUAAAUCAAAGACGAGAACAAAUAUGCAAUUUACAGAAAACAUGACGAAUUACGAACAACAGCUUAAGUUGAAAGAGAAUAUAUAUGUAUAUGUUGUGAAUGUAUAUGUUAGGCGUAAAAAAAACCCUGUGGUUCCGGUUUCAUAUCGUGAAAAAAUUAGGGUCGGUAGGUCGGAAAUAAAUUUUUUUUUUUAAUAUUUUUUUCAUGGUUUUGCCAGUUUUUUUGCUGGGCGAUUUGCAGUAGAGUCCCGACAUCAAUAUUAACUAGAGGUGGGUAUUUCCUAUGGACGAAUUGAGGCAAUUUGGUUCAAUAAUUAGUGUGACAACAGACGCCAUUUUGGCACGCUGUAUGAGCAGCCCGCAACCACCUGGAGAAAAUAGGGUCGCACGGUCAAUCGCGUUGAAAAAAUAAUAGGGUCGGCAGAAAAAAAUAGGGUCGAUCGGGAACCGGAACCACAGGUAUUUUUUUUUACGCCUUACUUAUUACUUAACGUUUUUAUACUGCAUGGCUAUAAGGUCAGCCAAUUACUCGUUAACGGUUAACGAUUAACCAGCGUUCAAGUUUGACGGCUAAAUGAAAAGAGGGACAUGUCCCCGUGCUGUGCAAGCUCCGAGUUUUUCACCUCCAACUCCGGCCAAAAAAACGCCGGCUCCGGGAAAAAAAGUUUUGCCUGCCGGAGUUUAACAAACCCCGGCUGCGGCAAAAUAGGCCAAACUCCGGCGCACAGCACUACCUUCAAACCGGUCAAUUUCUAUUUCAGAGUACGGUCUUGCCGAAGCAACAACUGGGAUCAGUGUUGGAAGUCAACCAGGGGAGCAAGUGCCCACAACACGAUCAUCAAUGUUCGACGAAAGUUCACACUUCAGUGCAACAAUGAGCAUGUCGAUAAUAUCCAACACAACAUACCCCGGUCCUUACUCGAGUCCACUUUUAAAUAAACGACGCCUCACUCGCAGAGUUUCGACUUUACGGCGCAGCUCGAAUAACCUCAACAAGAUACAUUCCGAUUCGCCGACGACACAUGUCGGGGCUACGACGAUACAUGUUAAACCCUCGCCCGACGAGAACACAGAAGCGAAGCCGGUUGCAAAAAGGACAAAAUCGCAGCCGGCUGAUUUAACGGAUUCAGGAGAUGAACAGAGUACGUUUGAACGACGAGCAUCACUAAGACAGAAGUUGUUUGGGCCUCGCGGGCGGAAUAAAACGCCAGAGGGGUCUAAAGGCUCAGAAAGGGGGUCUAAAGGCUCGGAAAAGGGGUCUAAAGGCUCAGAAAAGGGGUCUAAAGGCUCAGAAAAGGGCUCUUCGGACACCUUAACAGAGAGUAAUGACAGUUUAAAUUCUUCUAAAGGCGGGAAGCAAAGGCAAAAUGAUAGUACAAAGACCAAAGGUGGAAAGGCAGGACAAAAUAGUGAGAGCAAAAACAGCAAGGGGGGUAAGCCCUCAAAAAGGAGGACACUUAUGGGCCGCUUUUCAAGUUCACGACCGCUUAGUGCCGUUGAAGUUACGGACAAUAGUUCUAAACAAAACGCACAUCAGAGGACUAGAUCUGAUGCAAGUUUGGUGAAGAAAUGUUUAGAUGCUGGACCAACUAGUCCUACUCCACAGGCUGGAAUUACUCUGGAAAACUCACCGUCUCAUGGUGGCUAUCAUACUGUGGUAAGUCUAGAUUACAGAAGUUCAACUUCAAGUACCGACUAUAUUCACCAUUGUAAUUAAUGACCAAUCAGGGAAAAUAGUUAGUUCAUCAAGCAUAGAUAUCUUAUAUACACUAGAUAGCGCAUCUCUUUUAGUAAAAUUGAAGCCAAGAAUAUUCCAGCGGUUACCCCCAUUUGAAUAGAUGGAGGCCAUGUUGGUAGUUCCCACUCGCUAAUAAACGCUUAAAAAACAACAAUAACUUUCAUCAUUUGAACAGUUUGAAAAUGUAUUUGGAAUAGGUUUAACUUAAUGUUUAAGUUCCCUGUUUAAGAAAUAGAAAACAUACGAGUCUUCUCGUUUCAUGGGAAUAUCCUGAGUCUGCAAUCACGGCUUCAAUUUUUGAAUUGCAGAAUAAUUAGAUGCACUAUCUAGUGUAUAUAAGAUAUCUAUGUCAUCAACUCUCAAGCAACUCUUGUUUUCGUUUGACAGAGGUAAGAGAGUUGAGAACUCUCAUGCAAACUCUCGCUUUUCAGCCAACUCUCGUCAACUCUCAUUCUCCCCAGGACUUAAGCUGACGAGGUUUUAGACUUUACUUUAGAUGUAAUUUUUUCAAAUCUGCUAUACCAUACGCGGUUCUCAUUUGACUUCCAAUGUCCACAACUGCUAGACGUCCAUACAUUUUAUCGAGUAUUGUAUGCCUUCCAAUGUUCAUACAUAUAAUAUUUCUUUAAAGUUUAUCCCUUUUCAGUGACUUUGUGCCCUGACGCAACCUAGACCAGACGUUAAUUUAAUACUGGUCAAGACAUGGCCUACCCUGGAUCAGGGGUUUCCUGUUUUUCAGAAGCUGUAGCCUGCACUCAGGCGGUGCUGGCCAAAGGUCUGACUCCAGAAAACCUCUGAACCCAGGGUAGACAUGGCCGGAUUUUGUGGGGAGGUGCACACCUCCCCUGAGAUCGUUUUCACCUCCCCUGAGAAUUUUUGCACCUCUCCUGAAAAGUCAUGCACCUCUUGGGAAAGUUUCAAUGAUAGAUUAGAGUUUGGCAUUUUUUGGUUGCAUAGGGUCUACAACUUUAAAAAAGAAAGUUUUUCUGUAAAAUUGAAACAGUGAUAUCUCUGUGUCUAGCACCCUUUUAAUGCAAUGUUUUGAAAGAAACUUUGCAGUAAUUGUAAUGAAGGGUAGGAUUGGAUGGGCUGUACAGUCAUAAUUCAUUAAUACACUGAUACAUGUGUACACUACAUACAUACAUCACAUCGUUGACUUUGCCUCGUUCUAAGCCCUAACUUUCCAUGGGGGUCGUGAGCUAGACCGCUGCACCUCCCCUGAAUUUUUUCCACCUCCCCCACUAUUUCCACCAAAAUCUGGCCUCAGGUCAAGGGGAGAGCGAUGGUGCUCAAUGGGUUAACAGACUUUGAAUUAAUCAAAGAUUGUCCUUCUCUUUCACAGGUUUGAUGAUGUUCGAGGACACAAAUAUUUUUAUGAUAAGAUAACUAUGUACUAUAUUAGUAUUAAUAUAAGUUAAUUAAUAAGUUAAAUUAAUCACCAGACAAAAAAUGUGCAUAUGGAACUACAUACCACAGCUUAAUAAUAGCACCGAUUUUGGAGGCUAAUCAACUUUUGUAUAUUUUAACAAAUUAAUGAUAAACUAAGCUCAAUUUAGCAAAUUCAGGUGACAUGAAAAAUUCACACUUCACUGUGUUAUUUUUUGUAUGUUUAUUCACAGGUCACAGUGUUUAUUUUUUUCUGUAAGGUUUGCACCUAAGGAUGAAUGGUCACUGGCAAAAACAAACGCCGUUGAAUGAUAGCCAAUGAACUAAAAAUGGUUGUACAACCAUAAAAGAAAUGUUAGGGAAAUGGGAACCAAUUUUCAAAGUCGAAAAUGUUUUUAGAAUCUCAAUUUGCAGCAAUUAGGUUAAAAUAUGUUAGUUGAACUUCAAUUUGCACCCCAGUAUCUUGCAAAGUGUUUGCCACUGUUAAUGCAACUGUAUGUACUAAUUAUUCACCCUUGGAUGCAAAAUGUGGUAAAUGUUCCAAUUUCUUACUUUAGUUAAAGGCCCAUUUCCACUCGGGAAAAUUUUCCGCAGAAACAAAAUUUUGUAAAAUGUAAAUGACCGACACAAAUUUUCCGUCGGAAAAAAUAUUUGAAGUUGAAAAUUUUCCUCUUUCAACAUAUUUUUUUUGAAACUUUUCUGUCUGUGGAAAUUUUUCUUGAGUGGAAAUGGGCCUUUACAACCUAACCCAAAACCUAUGUAGAUUUUCUAGAGUAGUACAGGGGGGGGGGUGCACCCCACAAAGUCUCCAGCACAAUUCUGAGAAAAUUAGCCAGGGAUAAUGCAUUGUUCCAGAAAAGAUCCACCCUUGCCUAAGGAGGAAAUUUCUCCGGUCAGGGGGAGGGAUGGAAAAAUCGAAUUCUGAUGAUAGUAAACUGUACUACACAUCUAAAAGCGCACAGGUGGUUCCAAGUUGAUAUCGACAGGCAUGAACAAUGUUAUGCGGCCAACUAUGAACAAGUUGUCAACCAUGUUGUCCCAAGUUGUUACAGUUGAACAAUGCUGUAACAACAUGGUGACAAUACUGUUCAUAGUGGGCCGCACAACCUUGUUCACGCCUGUUGAUAUCAACCUGGAACAAGUUGUUGAUUUUCUCAAUUUUUAUGUGUGUAGGAUCGACGGAUGGAGGUUAAUUUCUAAUUUCCUCUGUGGGGGAGGUGUGAAUGUUUUCUGGAAUAAUCCAGUCACCAUCAGAACUGUCAUGAAAUGUUCCAUAAACAAUUUGAAUUUGAGUUAGCAAACUGCCUACCAGAAAAUGUGUCUAUGAAUUUUUCCUGUCCGCUGUAUUAAUGUAAAAAUUUUAAAGAUAUACUUCCCACAAAUCUUGGGAAAUUGUACAUAAAUCAUAGAGAAAAACUCUUUUGCAUUUUUUAAUGAUAAUUGAUAUAACUAUGAAAAUGCAUACAGUAGUUGAAAAGGUCGGUAGAGAUCAUGCCAAAGGCCAGAAUGUCGCAUUCCAAUAUGUUCACCAGCAGAAAAUAUAUUUCUCUUCCUAGCAGCAAAAUCCAAAAAUAAAAACUUCAUGUGCAUUGUAAUUCAUUGUAAUUGCAUUCUAAUCUACCAUUGCUCAGGGAACGGAUGGUCCCACACAUUGCGAUCAAAUCUCGGUACAAGACAAUCUCGAUUUGCAAAAUGCUUCUACAAUUUUCAGACAAUAAGUAAAUUAUAUAGCAUUCCAGUACAUAAGAUGACAAAAAUUUCCUACAAGGUGCAAGAAAAUUUCCUGUGAUGAUAUUUUGUUAAAACAUUUCCUGGCAGCGGUCCAGCCAGACAUUUUCAAGCAGUGGUGUUCACUCCACUAUAUCCAGAGAUGAGGGUUUCAAUUUCAUCUACCUCUGGUACCAAGUGUUUCCAGCGCAGUGGUUGUUAGUGCAGGCGCCAUUAGAAGUUUGAUUCCUGUAAUAAUGCAGUUGUAUGAUUAUAAUUCAUGAUUCCCCUUAUUACAUUUUCGUAGUGCUUUGCAUUGGGGUUAUAGUGGUAUCACUGAUAAAAAUACCGGCCUCAAAUGAAAAUAUUGAAUGUUUUCGCGAAUAUUUUGCUG